AUGGCAGAAGUUGGGGAAACCUCUAGUGCAAAGCCCUCUGGUGAAAUCUGGGCCAAGCUUGUUCCUUCAGACUCGAGAUUUCCGGAUGUUGAGAUUAGAGAUCUUGUUCCGACUCAAGAUACCCUUCAGAGUCAAGAUAUUGGUUCAGAUGAGAGUUUAAUUUGCUCUCCCGUUGACAACUGCGAGUGGUGCAGAAUUACGAGGAACCCUGAUCAGUCUUCUGCCACCAUACAAAAUAAGAGUUCAAAUGCAAUACUUGUUGAUGGAACUGUGAUCCAAUCUGAAGAGAGUACUGUUAUCAGAUCUGGGAGUGAAAUUAUUUCAGGUCCUGCGGGAGAAGGGUGUCUAAGCUACAGGUUCAAUGUGUUGCCUGGUCCUGAAACUUGUCAGAAAACGCUGAAGAUUAGUGUGGAUGCUGAGCAUGCAAAGUGCUGCAUUUGUUUAAAUAUAUGGCAUGAUGCUGUUACCAUCGCUCCUUGCUUCCAUAACUUCUGCAAUGGAUGCUUCUCAGAGUGGUUAAGGAGAUCACAAGAGAAACGUUCAAGUGUACUCUGUCCCCAAUGUCGAGGAGUUGUACAAUUUGUUGGAAGAAACCACUUCCUGCAUAACAUUGCCGGUGAAAUUAUGAAUGCGGAUUCUUCGCUGAGACGUUCAAACGAAGAAACUGCAGUUUUAGAUUCCUAUGCAACAGUACGAUCAAAUCUUGUCAUAAAGUCAGGAAAAGGGCUGCUUGGGAAAAGGGUUCGUUCAGCAGUGCAAGAUGAAGCUGAAACUGUAGAGCUUCCAUGCCCUCAAUGCAGUACUCAAUUUGGUGGGUUUCUCUGCAACCGAAGCACUACCCAUCUGCAAUGUCAAGCAUGUGGUGGAAUGAUGCCUUCACGAACUCUUACAAGUGUACCUCAACACUGCAUAGGGUGUGAUAGGUCAUUUUGUGGUGCAUAUUGGUAUGCUCAAGGAGUUUCACAAAGUGCCUCUCACUGCAUUUGCAUUCCUGAUACUUUCAAACCAAUCUCAGAGCGCACCAUCUCUAGAAUUCCUACUUCAGCACAUGAAAACAAUCGACAUGAACAAGAAAUCACUACAAGGUGUAUUGCACAAAUGGGAAGAACAUUGCAGGAUGUUAUUGCAGAAUGGAUGACAAUGUUCAAUAACAGAACAAUUGAUCGAACUAACAGGAUGCCACUGAAGAAUGCCGAGCUGAUAACUUCUGGGACAUAUACAUGCAGUGAUUGUUAUGAGAAACUUAUCUCGUUCCUCUUGUACUGGUUUCGAGUUUCAGUUUCUGUAUCUCAUCUUCCCCCAGAUGCAUCAAAAAGGGACAAUUGCUGGUAUGGAUAUGCAUGUCGAACACAGCACCAUAAUGAAGACCAUGCUCGUAAAAGAAAUCAUGUAUGCCGGCCUACUAGGGGUGCGAAUGUGUAGAUUUUAUUUUUAGGUUUGACAUGGCGGGUUUAUGCUAUUCUGGUAUUAGGUGCCAGCC